CCGGCCGUGGCGAGGUUUUCCUGUCAACACCAUAUGCCGGAACUCGGAAACGACUGUAAACAGCAUAUAUAUAUACUCUAACCGCAUGCAUAUACUGUCCAAGAUUGUGAGAACUUGUUGAUGGCUCUACCAUUGAUACGUUGCCUCAUACCCGGCUUCUAUCGGUCAGCCUGCUAUCCUAUGUUAUAUCAAUUCCUCGUUAUACUCCUAGCGCUUAUAAUUCCAUCCUAUAGACAAGGAAGAAGGCCGCUUGACUCGUGGCAGCAGGUCCAGAACCCGCAGCUGCGGCGUGGAGUCACAGCCCUAGAUAUGCCUUCGGAUAUCGCGCAGCCUAUGGACCCUUUGUUAUAUUUGGGACAUGCUAAAGAUAGCCCAGCCCAAACAUUAUCUCAAUCGGCUUCCAUCGCCAUUCUCCUGCUGUUUGCAAUAUUCUGGCCCACGAAGGCUCUCCUAAAAGCUUUCUCUGGCCGUGGACGCAACCCCCAAAGCGAUUACCUGGGCCAUACGAUCCGCGCCUAUUGCCCCCAAUGCCGACUCCCACAACCUCUCUGCACUCGCAGCCUCAUAAGGCGCAACAAAGAUCGCCGCCACCUACACCACCUGCAAUAUCUUCUACCAACUACUCAACCAAAGUCAUAUCCGCAGCAGAUGGAACAGAACACAUAUUCGAAGGAACAAUCACGCAGUCUCACGGGGUUGAAGGUAGCUGGCGAAGGAAUAAAUGGACGCUGCGCAGGUCAAUUCGCUCAAACAGACGACCAUGCACGAGCCUCAAGGUUAAUGAGGUGCUUGGCAUGAAGCGAUAGGGCUGGGGUAUGGACUCUAGUGUUGUCUUGUGCAUGUAAUUAGGCGUUCUUUGGUUUGGCGUCGGUCUUC